AGUAUCAGGCUCUUGCUAAAAAGAAAAAAAAUUAUACAUCAGGGGAAGCAAAGUACGAGGUUGGAAAUGACGGUGCCACCAGCAACUCCCCCUGCCGCCGCCACAGCUGCAGCCGCCUCCGCCGCCCCAAUCAGACGGGUACUCAUCGUCGGAGCGACGGGUUUCAUCGGUCGGUUCGUGGCGGAGGCCAGCCUCGCCGCCGGCCACUCCACCUUCGUGCUCGUACGCGGUGGACCGCUCGCCCCUCCCAAGGCCGCCCUUGUCAAAGCUUUUCAAAAGAAGGGGGCCACUAUUCUUCAUGGAUCGAUUAAAGAGAAGGAAGUGAUGGAGAAGAUAUUGAAAGAGAACGACAUAGAGAUUGUAAUAUCGGCAGUGGGAGGCGAAGCCGUUCUUGAUCAGCUCCCUCUUGUGGAGGCCAUGAAAUCUGUCAAAACUAUUAAGAGAUAUUUGCCGUCGGAGUUCGGGCAUGACGUGGACCGGGCGGAUCCAGUGGAACCGGGGCUCCGGAUGUAUGAAGAGAAGCGGAGGGUGAGGCGAAUGAUAGAGGAGGCAGGGAUCCCUUGCACCUACAUUUGCUGCAAUUCUAUUGCCUCUUGGCCUUAUUAUGACAAUUGUCAUCCUGCCACUCACCCUCCACCGUUGGAUGUUUUGCCCAUCUACGGUGAUGGCACUGUCAAAGCUUACUUUGUUGAUGGCGCGGAUAUUGGGAAAUUCACCAUUAAAGCUGCUGAUGAUAUCAGAACCCUCAACAAGAACGUCCAUUUUCGACCUGCAAACAAUUUCUAUUGCAUCAACGAGCUCGCUUCUUUGUGGGAAUCUAAAGUCGGACGUAAAAUCCCACGAGUCACCAUCUCUGAAGAUGAUCUUCUUGCUGUAGCUGCAGAGAACCGCAUCCCAGGGAGUGUUGUGGCGUCCUUCACGCAUGACAUCUUCAUCAAAGGCUGUCAACUGAACUUCUCCUCAGAGGGACCUCGCGACGCUGACAUUGCAACUCUGUAUCCUGAUGAAUCAUUCAGAAACUUGGAGGAUUGCUAUGAAGAUUUCGCCCAGAUGAUCCCAGACAAGAUUCAUAGAGAGAGAAGCCGGAACCUUGAGCCUCAAGUUUGUGUCAACGGCACUGCCUUGCUUACGAAUUAAGACUAUGUUUGGGGAAGAGCAUAUAUGUAUCUUACUAUUUGAGAUGAUAUUAAUAAGUCUAUGUUCGUAUGUAUGGACCUUGAUGUCCCUCAUGUAUUGAGCAGUGCAGCCAUUUAAAUUUCAUUUGCAAUUUCAAAACAUGUCUCAGAGAGAUCUGUUAUAUAUAUAUUCAUCCAUUAUCAA